UUAGGAACUAUAAGGAGAGGGGAGAGAGAUGAUGACCUCCACUAGGGCUAGAGCGGCCUCGAAAAGAAAAGGAACUUCCGGGGCGGAGCUAUCUGAACCUCUCCCUUCCGCAGUGGAAAUGUGGACCUCCUGCACUGUUAAGGUCCACGAUUGCUUGGCCUCUACUUCCGUUACUUUGAAACGGUGUCUGAGAUUGGGGGUGGCCAUGGCAAAAAGCAAGUUUGAGUACGUACGGGACUUCGAGGCUGACGACACUUGCCUCCCUCAGUGCUGGGUGGUAGUGCGGCUGGACGGCAGGAAUUUCCAUCGGUUUGCUGAGAAGCACAACUUUGCAAAACCUAAUGACAGCCGUGCUCUCCACCUAAUGAACAAAUGUGCCCAGACUGUAAUGGAAGAACUGGAGGACAUUGUGAUUGCAUAUGGACAAAGUGAUGAAUACAGCUUUGUGUUCAGGAGGAAAAGCAAUUGGUUUAAAAGAAGAGCCAGUAAGUUCAUGACUCAUGUGGCCUCCCAGUUCGCCUCCAGCUAUGUGUUUUAUUGGAAAGAUUACUUUGAGGACCAGCCUCUUCUGUAUCCCCCAGGCUUUGAUGGAAGAGUUGUCGUGUAUCCUAGCAACCAGACUUUAAAGGACUACCUCAGCUGGAGGCAAGCAGAUUGUCACAUCAAUAAUCUUUAUAAUACAGUUUUCUGGGCACUUAUUCAACAAUCUGGACUAACACCAGUACAAGCCAAAGAUAGAUUACAGGGAACUCUUGCAGCAGAUAAAAAUGAGAUCUUGUUUUCUGAAUUCAAGAUCAACUACAAUAAUGAGCCGCUGAUGUACAGGAAAGGGACUGUGUUGAUAUGGCAGAAGGUGGAUGAAGUCACGACAAAAGAAGUUAAGCUGCCAGCAGAAAUGGAAGGGAAAAAGAUGGCUGUAACCCGGACCAGAACGAAGCCAGUACUCUUACACUGUGAUAUCAUUGGGGAUGCUUUCUGGAAGGAACAUCCAGAAAUCCUUUAUGAAGACAGCUGACACUCUGCUCUUUAAUUCUGCUGUGUUUAACCAUGCAAGGCUCCCAGGUCUUCUUGCCUUAGGUGGCCCUAGCAUUCCUGCCACCCAGAACUGUACCAGAAAUGACAUGACUUGAGUUAGGAGGGAGCAGGGAAGGAAGGAAUUGAUGGGGGUGGUAUAUCUUGUUCUCUUAAGCAGAACACCUUUUUUGCAAUGUUAGAACAUGAUUUCUGUGGGUUUUUUUCCAAAAUCGUGGUACUAUUUUUAUAAAGUAAGAACUAUUUAAUGCCUUGUGAGAUGAGUCAUUUUUAGAUUGUGGCAUAAGCCUUAUAAAAAUCUGUCAGCUCUUUUCACCUAUGAUAGAAAAGAAGCCCAAACUUUACUCUCACCCACAUAUUCUUAACUAGAGAACCCAGUGACUUUGAAUAUCUCACUUCUGUACCCAUGUACUUGGAUAAUCUUGAUAGACCUGAAGAUAAAUAUGAGUUAAAACCUGCCUGGUGCCUCUGAAUUCCAGAUAUUCCAGGGAAAACUCAGGGCUUUGUGCAAGUCUCCAAAUCAGCAGUUUUGGCUGAAUAAAUGAGUAGUGGUAUUAGAUACCCUUGUGUACACCCUCCAAGGACUGAUUUUAUGGAGUUGCCAGCAUAAUGAUGAUCAUCAUCUUGCCGGAAGCAUAGGCUAAAACCACUUACCUUUUUCUAAGUACAUGUGAGAUAUUAUAUAUAUAUAUAUAUGAGAUAAAGAAAAUAUGUGAGAAUGAGUAAAAAUGGAGACCAUUUUUUACUCCAUGUCCUCUAGAUACUUCCGUUUUAAAAGCUGUCUUCCAGUUCGGCUGCCUGAAAGAUUCAAAAGUAGUCUCUAUGGAAUCAGAAAAUGACAUUUGAAUUCAAGAGCAGAGGGGUCAACAUAGCCCUUGGGGCAACUGUCAAAUGAGUCCUACUAACUCCACCUCCUAAUGGGCCAAUGGAGAUAGGAGAGCUGCAGAGGUGAUGGUAUGCUGGGAGCUGUUGAAGUGUGAAAGGGGGCGGGUAAGUCAUGGGGAUGGGUGGUGAGUAGCUUUACAUUCCUCUUGUCCUUACUUUGUAUAUUAGAGGAAGAAGAUUAUUUGGCUCAAUUAAGAUUUAAUUAAGAGACAGCCCAUGUCCCAGUUGCUGGUCUUGCAUUGCAGAAUUUACAGCCAAGAAGAAAAUGUAUUUUUGAAAGUGUGACGGAUGGCCUCAUCCUUCAGUAAUUGACACCCCAUCUGUCGAUGCCAUUUUUUUCCUUCCUGUCCCCCCACCCCCUCCACAGGAAAAUAACAAGUAUCUCAUGUUUGGUAAUUGCUAAAAUGUCUGAAAAAAAAAAAUAAAAUAAAGACAUCAACUUCCUUGGC